AUGAAAAGCCGUAAAACUUUUAUUUUGGAUCUUAAUGCAAGCUCAUCGCAUAGAUUGUGUUUAGUUAUAACUAAUAGUGGGGAAAGUCAGAACAAGACUCAACUUUGGACGAAUAAGAGACGUGAUUUUAAAGCAUACUCGAUCAACGAUAUGGGCAAUGAUAGUUGGAAACUUGUUGCUGUCACUGUAGCUGCUACAGUCACAACCCUUAAAGUAGCAGAGCUGGCUAUCAAUUCUUGGAAUAGCCGUUCAUCAUCAUCAUCAUCAUCUGCAGUUGGAACUGAAACUGAAAAGGACGUCAGACUUGCAAAGAAACUACGAGAAUCUAGAGGUUAUGAUAACUCCCUUUACAGAGAGCAACUUGCACGUAAUUACGCCUUUUUGGGUGAAGAAGGUAUGGAAAAAUUGAAAAAUCAAUAUUUCGUUGUAGUUGGUGCUGGUGGUGUUGGAUCAUGGGUAGUUACAAUGCUAGUUAGAUCAGGAGCACAUCGUAUCAAGAUAAUUGAUUUCGACCAGGUAUCUCUAUCUUCAUUGAAUAGACAUAGUUGUGCCGAUCUCUACGAUGUUGGUUUGCCAAAAGUGGAAGUUUUGAAAGAGCAUUUAAAGAAAAUUGCACCAUGGUGCAACAUCGAAACCUGCAAUGAACUUUGGACCCGUGAAAAUGCAGACCGUUUAAUUUUUGGUGAUGGCACACCUACUUUUAUCAUUGACUGUAUUGACAAUAUUGACACUAAAGUAGACCUUUUGGAAUACGCAUACAAAAAAGAUAUCCCAGUCAUUGCUUCUAUGGGAGCUGCAACAAAGAGUGAUCCAACCAGAAUUAAUGUAGGCGACUUAACAACCACUGAGGAAGAUCCUCUUGCGCGUUCUGUUAGAAGAAGAUUGAAACAAAGGGGAAUUAUCAAAGGUAUUCCAACGGUCUUUAGUGCUGAAAAACCUGAUCCAAGGAAGGCAAAAUUAUUACCGCUUCCUGAAGACGAAUUCCAGAAAGGUAAUGUUGGUGAAUUAAGUGCUCUCAAAGACUUCCGUGUAAGAAUACUUCCAGUUUUGGGGACUAUGCCAGGUGUGUUUGGUCUGACAAUCGCUACGUGGGUCUUGUGUAAGAUUAGUGGUUAUCCAAUGGAGCCAAUUGAAGGUAAAAACAGAAUCAAGCUUUAUGAUGGUAUUUACCAAUCUUUGGCAGGACAAAUGAGUCGUAUCGGACACCCUGACCAAAGAGUUCCAGUUGCUUUAAGUGAUGUUGGUUACCUCGUAGAGGAGGUUUGGAGAGGAAAGUCCCCUAUCAGUGGUUAUUCGACCAGAUUGACUUUAUCUAAGUGGGAUCCAAAAAAACCAGUUAGUUUGCAAAAUGUUGUCGUCAUGACCAAAGACGAACAGAGAGAACAUGAAAAUCGUAUUUUAUUAGGCAAUGAAUCUUUUGCUGAUGUUUAUUCGGAGGAAGCAUUAGCCAUGAUUGAAAAAAGAUUUGGUGAGGAAAGAUACUACUCACAAUUCAGAUGA